GUGUGUGUGUCAGGUGUUCCUGCGGGAGCGUCUGCGGCAGCGUCUGCAGGAGCAGCUUCAUCAGGAGGUGUUGAGGAGGAUCGUGUGUCUGCAGAGGAGCUUCAGGACGCAGCAGGAGAGGAGACGCUUCUGCAGACAGAGACGAGCCGCUACACUCAUACAGCGCUGGUGGCGGGACUGUCUGACUCGAUCGGACGCGGAGCUCCAGCAGGGGGCAGCACUGCGUCUGCAGGCGGCCUGGAGAGGCUUCAGAGAGCGACGGCUGUACCUGCGGCGGAGGAGAGCUGCGCUGCUCAUCCAGAAGCACUGGAGGAGAGUCCUGCAGACGCGACACACAGCCGCGCGCCUCCUUCAGGCCGUCUGGAGGAGCUGCAGACAGAGACAGACCACCUGCAGGGGGCAGCAGGCCCGGCACAGGUGCCUCAUUCUGAGAGAGCAGCGACGUGGAGAGAAAAGCCUCUGUGAAACCCAGCGAAACCCAGCAGACGUCCGAGAGGAGAAGAGAGAGCGUCCAUCCUCCCGAAGCGUAGACGACAGCACGAUGAAGAGCCGCUCCAAACGUGAAAGCAGGAGGCAGCGGGAGCUCCAGCACGCCACCUUCAGUCUAGAGCUGCUCAAAGUCCGGUCCGCCUCAGUGGACGAGACCACGCUCUCCAGACGUCCUCCUCCGGACAGUCCAGACAGCUGCGAGCUCAAGCAGGUCCAGGAGAAGAGGGAGUCUGUGGUGGUCAUAAUCAGCAUGCAGAAGGAGAGCCCAGUCGAGCACAGCAGCCCGGAAGCGCUGCACAAACCCCAGCCCAUGGACGCUCAGGAGCUUGCUGGAGAGACCCAGGACAGAGCCGAUGGAUUGUCAUCUGACCCUGAACCUCAAACCCACCGCAGCCUUUCUUCCAGACCCCUCCAGCUGGACUCCAGGGACUCAGAGCCCAAGAAGGAGGUUCAGAAGAAGUGUGUUUCUCAAAGCAUCAGCAUCAGUAUGAAGGAGAAAGCCUUCUCUCCCAAACGCAGCCGGCUCACCUUCUCCAAGUCUGAUAAAGACCUGCUGAAUCAGGAGCGAUCGCUGGAGAACCAACGAGAGCCGGGAUUCAGAGCGAUUCAAAGCAGAGAGGUGAGCAGAGCGGCUGGUAAAAAGAAGGCACGGCUGGCCGGGACGCGCUCUGAUUUCCUGAGCCGUGCCUGCAGCACAGAGCUGGACUCUGAGCAUGAUGAGGAGGAGGAAUACGAGUACAGACCCGUCCUCUCUCGCAGCCCGCCGCUCCCAGACUCCCCGAGCUCCCCCGACAGCCACAGCCACGCCCAGACGUCGUCCCAGAAAGAGCAGAAGAGGAUCCAGAAGACCGUGUCGUCAGGUGACCUUGGGAAAAUGGAUUCGCUCAGGAAGUCGAUCUCACAAACCGAUGGCAGGGUCAGAGGCAAAAUGCGGUUCUGGAGUAAGAGCAAACAUGGCAAUAAAAAGAUGUCCACCAGGGGGCGCUCCGCAGAUUCAGAUCUCAGGAACGGAAGCCCCGAGCAGGUCGGACUGUCUGAGCGUGGACACGACAGCAAGGAGAACCGCGAGCCCAUGAUGGGCAUGAUGUCGAUGAAGAGGAGACGCAGUGUGAAGAUCAGUAGUGUGUCUCUAGAAUCCUCCACCUGCCAGAACGACUCGCUGCACAUCCUCACUAGCACCGCUGACUAUCGCAGCAUGAACGACUUCCUCAUGAAGAAGAUCAGCGAUCUAGAAGCUGAAGACAGUCAGAAGGACACACCAGUGGAUGUGGUCUUCAAGAAGGCCCUGAAAGAGUUUCGCCUCAACAUCUUCAACUCGUACUCUACUGCUCUGGCCAUGGAUGAUGGCAGGAGCAUUCGUUAUAAAGAUCUCCAUGCUCUAUUCGAGCACAUCUUAGAGAAGAACAUGCGUCUGGAGCAGAGAGACUGGAGCGAGUCGCCGGUUAAAGUCUGGGUCAACACGUUUAAAGUCUUCCUCGAUGAGUUCAUGACUGAAUACAAGCCAAUGAACGGAACUAUCAGUAAGGCUCCCAAACCUGAGAGGAAGAAGAGGAGGAAAAAGGAAUCAGACACAGUCAGUCCUCGUUUUAUACUCCGUUUAGAUUAUUCUUGUGUAAUGGGUUUGUGUAAAAGUUAGCAAUAAAAUGGCAAAAACAGCAAAAAAUUCUAAUAGAAAGA